CACCGUAGUAGCCGGAACAGUGCAGCCCCUUCCGGAUUCUGCAAUACGGGAAGAUCUUUUGGAGUCGCUCAAAAACGAACUCCGGAAUCUCAACGCAGCUCCUUCGUGGAGCUGAGGCCCCAGCCCAGCGCUCCAGGCCUCCGACGGGCCCGGUAUUGGCGCGGCUGCUCCGGACGCCUCAGGGCUAGAAGUAGGGAGCCUGGGUCGCCAUGGCGACGUCGGCGGGGCUGGAGCGCUGGGUUCAGGAGGAGCUGCACUCGGUGCUGGGACUGAGCGAGCGGCACGUCGCCCAGUUCCUGAUCGGUACCGCGCAGCGCUGUGCCUCCGCCGAGGAGUUCGUGCAGCGCCUGCGAGACACCGAUACCCUGGACCUCAGCGGCCCGGCCCGGGAUUUCGCGCUGAGGCUCUGGAACAAGGUGCCACACAAGGCAGUGACAGAAAAGCCAGCUCGGGCAGCAGAGAGAGAGGCCCGUGCUCUGCUAGAGAAAAACCAAUCUUACAAGUUGCUGGAAGACAGUGAGGAGAGCAGUGAGGAGACUGUGGGUAAGGCCGGAAGCAGCCUCCAGAAGAAGCAUAAAAAACGGAAACACCUCAGGAAGAAACACUGGGAAGAGGAGGAAGAGGAGGAGGAAGAGGUUUCUGAGACAGGGAAGAAGAAGAUAGAAGAGGGUAAACAGCAGACAGAGAAGCCAGAAUCAGAGGACGAGUGGGAGCGGACAGAGCGCGAGCGCCUUCAGGACCUAGAGGAACGUGAUGCCUUUGCUGAGCGGGUUCGGCAGCGCGAUAAAGAUCGGACUCGCAAUGUCCUGGAGCGGUCAGACAAGAAGGCUUAUGAAGAGGCUCAGAAGCGCCUCAAGAUGGCUGAGGAAGACCGGAAAGCCAUGGUCCCUGAACUGCGAAAGAAAUCCCGCCGAGAGUACCUGGCGAAGCGGGAACGAGAGAAGCUGGAAGACCUGGAGGCAGAGCUGGCUGAUGAGGAGUUCCUCUUUGGGGAUGUGGAACUGAGUCAUCAUGAGCGCCGGGAGCUCAAAUAUAAGCGGCGAGUGCGGGAUCUGGCCCGGGAAUACCGGGCAGCUGGAGAGCAGGAGAAGCUGGAGGCCACCAACCGCUACCACAUGCCCAAGGAGACCCGAGGACAGCCAGCUCGAGCUGUGGACCUAGUGGAGGAGGAAUCGGGUGCCCCUGGGGAGGAGCAGCGGCGCUGGGAGGAGGCCCGGUUAGGAGCAGCAUCCCUGAAGUUCGGGGCCCGAGAUGCUGCUUCCCAAGAGCCCAAGUAUCAGCUGGUGCUGGAGGAGGAGGAGACCAUCGAGUUUGUCUGUGCCACUCAGCUCCAGGGUGAUGAGGAGCCGUCAGCUCCACCCCCAUCAGCCCAGGCCCAGCAGAGGGAAUCCAUCCAGGCUGUCCGCCGAAGCCUUCCGGUGUUCCCAUUUCGAGAGGAACUCCUGGCUGCCAUUGCUAAUCAUCAAGUCCUCAUCAUUGAAGGCGAGACUGGCUCAGGGAAGACCACCCAGAUACCGCAGUACCUCUUUGAGGAGGGUUACACAAAGAAAGGUAUGAAGAUUGCCUGCACCCAGCCCCGGAGAGUGGCAGCCAUGAGUGUAGCCGCUCGUGUGGCCCGGGAGAUGGGUGUGAAGCUUGGGAAUGAGGUUGGCUAUAGCAUCCGCUUUGAGGACUGUACAUCAGAGCGAACGGUCCUCCGCUACAUGACAGAUGGAAUGCUUCUCCGGGAGUUCCUCUCGGAACCUGACCUUGCAAGUUACAGUGUGGUGAUGGUGGAUGAGGCUCACGAACGGACCCUGCACACAGACAUCCUUUUUGGGUUGAUCAAAGAUGUUGCCCGCUUCCGACCUGAGCUCAAGGUCCUGGUAGCUUCAGCCACGCUGGACACUGCCCGGUUUUCCACCUUCUUUGAUGAUGCCCCUGUCUUUCGAAUCCCUGGCCGCAGGUUUCCAGUUGACAUCUUCUAUACCAAGGCUCCAGAGGCCGACUAUCUGGAAGCCUGUGUUGUGUCUGUGCUGCAGAUCCAUGUGACCCAGCCGCCUGGGGAUAUCCUGGUGUUCCUUACAGGACAGGAGGAGAUUGAAGCUGCCUGUGAGAUGCUCCAGGAUCGCUGCCGCCGACUGGGCUCCAAAAUCCGGGAGCUCCUGGUGCUGCCCAUUUAUGCCAACCUGCCCUCUGACAUGCAGGCUCGAAUCUUCCAGCCCACGCCCCCCGGAGCCCGAAAGGUGGUUGUGGCCACAAACAUUGCAGAAACAUCACUCACCAUUGAGGGCAUCAUUUACGUGCUGGAUCCAGGGUUCUGUAAGCAGAAGAGCUACAACCCCCGCACAGGCAUGGAGUCGCUCACAGUCACACCCUGCAGCAAGGCUUCAGCCAAUCAGCGGGCUGGCCGAGCAGGUCGGGUGGCUGCAGGGAAGUGCUUCCGUUUAUAUACAGCCUGGGCCUAUCAGCAUGAGUUGGAGGAGACCACAGUGCCUGAGAUCCAAAGGACCAGCCUGGGCAAUGUUGUGUUGCUACUCAAGAGCUUAGGGAUCCAUGACUUAAUGCACUUUGACUUCCUGGAUCCCCCACCAUAUGAGACCCUACUUCUGGCUUUGGAGCAGCUUUAUGCUCUGGGAGCCCUCAACCACCUGGGAGAGCUUACCACGUCUGGCCGAAAGAUGGCAGAGUUGCCGGUGGACCCCAUGCUAUCUAAAAUGAUCUUGGCCUCUGAGAAGUACAGCUGUUCAGAGGAAAUCCUGACAGUGGCUGCCAUGCUCUCUGUCAACAACUCCAUCUUCUAUCGGCCCAAGGAUAAGGUUGUGCAUGCUGACAAUGCCCGUGUCAACUUCUUCCUCCCUGGCGGGGACCACCUGGUUCUACUAAAUGUGUAUACACAGUGGGCCGAGAGUGGCUACUCUUCCCAGUGGUGCUAUGAGAACUUUGUACAGUUCAGAUCAAUGCGCCGAGCCCGGGAUGUGCGGGAGCAGUUGGAGGGGCUCUUGGAACGUGUGGAAGUUGGUCUGAGUUCUUGCCAGGGGGACUACAUCCGAGUACGAAAGGCCAUCACUGCUGGUUACUUUUACCACACAGCACGGCUAACACGCAGCGGCUACCGCACAGUGAAGCAGCAGCAGACGGUGUUCGUUCAUCCCAACUCUUCCCUCUUUGAGCAGCAGCCACGCUGGUUGCUCUACCAUGAACUUGUCUUGACCACAAAGGAGUUCAUGAGACAGGUACUGGAGAUUGAGAGCAGUUGGCUUUUGGAAGUGGCUCCUCACUACUAUAAGGCCAAGGAGCUAGAAGAUCCCCAUGCUAAGAAAAUGCCCAAAAAAAUAGGCAAGACACGAGAAGAGCUGGGGUAGAGCAAGGGUCACAAACAAAGGGAGCACAAACAGAACCUGACACCGGCACCUCCUUUUCCUUCUUUACAUUAUUUAAUAUCUAUUAAAUAAAAUUAUUUUUGGAGUAAAGCUUGUGGGAACUUUUGGUAUACAGAGAAAGUGA